AUGGCGGUGGCCCGGCUCGCUGCAGUCAACGCGACAAUUCCUCCACACCCAGGGUCGCCAACGGGACUCAGCGUACUGCAGGCGCGCAUCGGUCACGCCACAGUGCUGCUGGGUGAGACGAAGGCCGCGCUGCUGGUGCGCCGCGAGCGCGAGGCGCGCGCGGCGCUGGCCAUGGCUGAGGAGGCAGGAGCGCGCUGCGAAAUCCUGAAUCGUCACAGGCGGGCCGUUGCGAGUGCACACUUCUAUGUGAACGAAGAGGGCUGCGCGCCAAAGGCCUUUGAAGAGAUGAGCGAGCUGCUGCAGGAGAUAGAGGCUCGCCGGGGCGCUGACUUCGACGUCGAUGUGGCCGCGGAGCGCCCCGCCGCUCCCUUCGGCGGCGGCGCCCAGCAGCACGGCGGUCCCUCGCUGCUGCGCGUGCUGCGCCGCCUGAAUGCAGACGCGGCGGCGCUCGCGGCAGAGCGCGGCGCCGACGACCCUGCAGCUGUCGCAGCGGCAUAUGCUGCAGCUAAUCUUCUGCGCGAGGGGCGUGCCAUGCUUAACGGCUUUGGGAUCACCAGCCAGGGGGCGCGGCGUCUGCAGGCCCUCCUGCACAGGUACAAUGAUGAGCUGGCGGCCAAGCAGGAGCAGCAGGACAGGGACGUGGCCGACCACCUUCGCACCAUGAUCGAGCUGCUCCCGCCGCGCUGGCGUCAACGCUGGGAGCACGGCACCCCCUACGACAUGAUGAUGAGGAAUGUGGGCCGCAUCAACAACCAGUCGGUCUAUAAAUGGGCGUUCGACAAUUCAAUUUUCUACGAGGAGCCCACCGCGCGCCCUGAGGACCGCUGGCUCCCGACCGGCAUGGAGUGCUCCGUGGCGGAGGCCAUCGCCGCCGCCGGCGGGCCCCUCAAGGACCACCCCAGCUGGAGCGUUCCCCACACCAUCACGGGCCUGCACGUGAUCAUCGACCGCACCCCCUGGGACGACGCCAGGCGCCACGACAGGGCGCUCGAGCUCGGCGUGAUCUCGCCCCCACAGCAGCCCGCCUUCCACGUGGAUGCAGACUCACUCCUCCCCAUGCGACCACAGCAAGCAGCACAUGUGGUGUAG